AUGCCUCCUCGAGAGCCUCCCUUUAAAUCCAAGUACUCACAUAAACUUCCAGCUGCCUAUCUCGACAAUCUCAGAAACAAUCGCCCGGCGAGACCAUCCGGUUCCAGACCUGCGCCAUUCCCAUCCAAGAAUUAUGACUCCCUAGCAUCUCAGUCUUCGUUGGCACGCUCCGACUCAGCUCCAACGACUGGCUCAAAACAUAGUGAUGCUCUGGAUGAUUUUGAAAAUGAUCCUCCGAUGGUGCAGAAGUCCUUUUCUUUCUCUUCCACCUCCAGGGGCCGACCGAUAGCGCAACCUCCGGAUCAUGACCGACCGACCUUGAGCGGAAGAAAAGUUUCUCCGACUGCUACGGUUCAGACCCCGUCAAUUGCACAGGAAGGAGUCUAUGUCGAGUCUGUCACACGGAGGUUGGAAAAAGAGGAGGCACACAGUAUACGGGAAGCACUGCAGCUCAUCGACCAGAAGGAUGAUGAACGAAGAAUUUACGAGGCAGCCAAAGACGAAGCUGCUGAACUGGUCUGGAAGCACCAAUUCCCCAAAGCCGCAGAAGAUGAAAAGGUAGCUCCAUACCGAAACCCGGAUCUGAAGGCCAGGGAGAGACGGCAAAAUAGCGGACACCGUCAAGCCAGUGGCUCCAGGAAGGUCUCUUUUCCUACUCCGAACAACAAGAUAUAUGAAGAGCCAGAACCGGAGGAGGAAGCCUCAAGACCAUCCAUUCCGCCUCCCAGCGUGGACCUUCCACUGAGGGCAAAAUCACGCAACAGGCUCCCCUGGCUGAGAACGAAGGGCCCUGCACAGUCGGAGCAUCCAGCCCAGGACCCCCCGGGAAAGAAGUUCGACCGUUUCGAGAUUCACAGAAAUCCACCGACUCAGUCACGUAAGGCCGAGUACACCGAGAACACACCUCCACGGACGCCUGCCAUUGAUGUGAUCGAGGAGGUUGAAACCCCCAAUUCCAGCGGCACUUUGGAGAUUCGGAGCGAAGAAAUUCGAGCAGCUACAAGUAUGAAGAGGAAAGAUCGGAGCCCGAAUCUUCCCACACCUACGGCCGUCAGCGAUCAACUUGGUCGACCAAUCGUCAGCUUUGAUCCCACAUGGAAGCGUCCCAGCGACUCACCGAGGACAAGUGAAGACGUCGAAAAACCAGUCCUGAGGCUGACAGAAUCGCCGGCUGUGCGACCAUUGCCGAAGCCAGCGCCCGCUACACCAGAAGUCUCGGUAUCUGCUCCUGUCAUCCCUACGAUCCAUGUCCCAGACGACGGGCCAGUCAUCCCCGUCAUCAAUAUCCAAGGAGACGAAACCUCACCGACGGUGCCAACAAUCAACCUCCCAAAUGAUUCAAUUGAGGCUCCCACCUCUUCCAGACCUUUACCAAAGCACUCGUCGUCUGCACCACCGAAAUCCAGCAGCACCGUUGUAAAAACACCUUCCCAACGCCUUCCUUGGCUUUCGUCUCGGCAAUCCAUGCCCACUGUCACCUGUUCGAGCUGUGCGCUGCCCAUCUCUGGCCGCAUCGUGACAGCUUCGGGAGCCAGUUCCCGCGAUCUCAAAGCUCGCUUCCACCCCGAAUGCUUCACGUGUCACCACUGUGCAACUCCCCUUGAGUGUGUGUCCUUCUACCCUGAACCGGAUUCUUCACGCCUCUCUCGUCUCGGCAUCUCCUCGGCUUCCCACACAGAUUCAUCCAACCCACCAGCUCUCGCCCCAGAUCAACUGGUGCUUCUCGAGAACGACCCAUUGAGGUUCUUCUGUCACCUGGACUUCCACGAGUUCUUCUCUCCCCGCUGCCGAAGCUGCAAAACGCCCAUUGAAGGAGAAAUUGUCAUCGCAUGUGGUCACAGUUAUCACGUCGACCACUUUUUCUGUGCAGAAUGCGGAGAUCCGUUUUCGUCUACCACGCCUUUUGUGGAAGGGAACGACGGAUACGCCUACUGUGUGCGGUGCCACACGAAACGCACAUCGGCCCGGUGUCGCGGGUGUAAACUACCCAUCCUGGACGAGAUCACGGUCGAGGCGCUGGGUGGCAAGUGGCACGGAACCUGUUUCGUGUGCUGCGAAUGUGGUAGUGGGUUCGGAGACGAGGGGAGGUUCUUCGUCAGAGAGGUGCACGUCGAACCGACGGACAAGGAGAAAAGGAAGGGCAUUAUGAGGAAGGUCGAGGAACGCGCGGUCUGCGGGGGUGUGAGGAGAGGAGGCUGA